CGGAUGGCGCGACCCGGGUCCAGAGCACGCGCUGUUGGUUGGUGCGGCGUGACGGGGCGUGGCACGGGCGGCGCCGUUGGUUGGCGCGCGGCUGGAGGGCGUGGCGCUGGCGGCGCUGAUGGAUAGGCACGGCCGGCCGGGCCAGGUCAUGGCGUUGCUCCUGUGCUUGGGCAUGACAACGGCGCUGGCCCGGGGCUGCCUGCACUGUGACCCCAGUUUCUCGGAGAAGUUCUCCUUCUACCGCCACCACGUGAACCUCAAGUCUUGGUGGGUGGGUGACAUCCCCGUGUCAGGAGUGCUGCUCACCGAGUGGAGCCAGAACACGAUGAAGGAGCUACACCUGGCCAUCCCCGCCGAGAUCACCCGGGAGAAGCUGGAUCAAGUGGCAGGAGCAGUGUACCAGAGGAUGGACCAGCUGUACCAGGGGAAGAUGUACUUCCCAGGGUAUUUCCCCAAUGAGCUGCGGGCCAUCUUCCGAGAGCAAGUGCGCCUCCUCCAGAACGCCAUCAUAGAGAGCCGCAUCGACUGUCAGCGUCACUGUGGCAUCUUCCAGUAUGAGACCAUUUCCUGCAACAACUGCACAGACUCGCACGUCGUCUGCUUUGGCUACUACUGCAAGUAUGGCUCAGCCACCUAUCCCACUGCCCUUGGGGUCCUGGGAUCACCACCUGGGCAUCAAGAGGACCUGGGCUUUGGGCAUACCUCAUCAACAAGCCCUGUGUUCCCCAGGUCAUCGGCACAGUGGGAGUCAGCUGUACAGGGUCUUCUGAGUUACAUAAAUACCUGGCACAAACAGGAUAUAGGCACGAGAACCAUCCCAGCCUUCCUUUCACCGAGCAUAAUGUGUCUGGAACCGAAGCACCUGGUUAACCUGACCUUGGAAAGCGCCUCUGAGUGUCUGACCCAGCACUGACAGCGGCUGCUGGCCCCCAGCCUCGGUGGGGGCCAGGACUCAACUGCACUGUUGUAGCCUGUUCCUCUGAUCCUCUGUAAGAGGCUAGCCAUUGCCUGCCUCGGGUCACCCUCAUGGAGCCCAGGAAUGGGCCGGGGCAGGGGAGGGCAGGGAGAUGGGCUUGUGUAUAAAUAUCGGGGCCCCCAGGCAGGGCCCCCAGAGAGAUUUUGAUUAAAGUGCCCUUAUAUUUCUCAUGAAGAACAA